UUUAAAGUAAAGUAUCCUUUUUCUAUGUGUCAAAGAACAUGUCAAUCUGUUUUAAAUAUAUAGCAAAAAUUUCUAGUAGGAUACCUCAAUUUAAUGGAGUGUGUAGAAACUACUCUAGAAAAGUUAAUAAUAUAGAUAAAUCUUAUAAACCAUUAAAACCAAGAAGAUCUCACAAAGAUGGAAGCAAUUUGGUUUGGAAAGAUCCAAACUUUGAAAUAUUGGCAUCUAAUGGAUUUCCUUUAUUCCUUCCUGGCCAUGUUGGAUUAGCAUGGUAUGAUACCCAGACAACUAUUAAAACUCACCAUGAGCUAAUAUUGGAGCAAAUUGAUGAUUUAAACCAAUUUGAAGACGUGGAUGAUAGUAUAAUAUGCAGAGUUCAAACUUGCCCAACUGUAUUACGAAAAACUGUUUCAGAUUUAUUUCCUUAUAGGACUUUAGAUGGCUCAGAACUUUCUGUUAUUACAAUUAGUUUGAAACCAAAUGUUAAAGAUAUGAGGAAAAAUAAAGAAAUGGAAACUGAACGCAUGGCUCAAACUUUUUUAAUUGCUGCCAAAAAUGUAUGUGAUAAAUUAAGGUCAUCUGGAUAUUGGGCUGAUUUUAUAAAUCCAUUUUCUGGUCGCCCUUAUUUAGUUCCUACCUCUAACAUGGAGUUAUAUGAAACAGAUGAAAAGUUUAGGUGCUUGGAUUUUCAAAUAUUUGAAAUAAAGGAUUGUAAAAUUGUUUCUAAUGAAGAAAAUUCUAAACAAAGAUUUAUAGGUAGUCUCUUUACCAAUGCUCCCUGUAAAAAAAAUCAAUUAAAUUCAAUAUUUACAAAAUAAUGUAAAUGAAAAGUUAUUAUAUUUUGUUAGUUCUUUCAGAAGUUUUAAAAAUAUAAAUGUACAGAUA